UACUGCCCUCUUUCGAUGUUGUUGCGAUGGACGCUGUUUUGUUGUAACUCUCAUCAGCUCUUGCCUCUUGCUGUGUGUAGGCAUAAAUCUAGGCCUAGGCUACCAAAGAACUCGGAUCAUCGUCAGGCGGCCUGGCCUCAUUCACAGGAAGCUCACAAUCAAGGCAGAGCAAUGGACACCAGUAAAGAUGAUGAUGUGAUGAAGCAAGCCCAGCACAUCUGGUCAAUGUUGGACGAACUUGCUGACUCGGACCCAGAAGCUUACAAGAAAUUCAUUGAGAAAAAUAUAGCAGAAGGUAGAGAAAGGCAGGCACCAGCAAAGCCUAGUAUGUGCAUAAAAACAAGGACAUUGGGUGUGAACCAGAGCGACUUAUUCAUCAACAUUUGUAGUUGGAGUCAAGUUCCUCGACCUAAGACAGAUCAUGAACCGAUACCAGUGAUUGGAGGCGAUAUAAAGGAGUUGAAAGAAGACAGUAAAACAUUUAAAGUUGUGCCAAUAGCAUUUAACCCUGAGGUAUUAAAAGAAUGCUUUGAAAGGGAAGACACUACUAGUAUGCUGUUGAACCUUUCGAUAGACUUCAUCACAGAUCUGUUUAAAAUCAACGUUGACAGAAACUUCACUAAGUUGAAAGAUUCAAAGUUUAAAGGAGAUCCGGUAACACUUAUUUCAAGUUUUCAAAAGUCGUCGUCAAAAAAAAGUGGAGUAACAGAAUUAAUGCAAGAUGACGAGGAUUCUCUAAUUGGACGUCUCGGAAAAAUUCUCAAAAAAGAAGAUAAACAAUUAGGUGAAACCGAGGGAAUAAUUCUAAGCACAAACUCUCCUAAGAAGCCAAUACAAAAUGGCGGGAAGUUAAUUGAAGAAAUAAGCAGUACAGAAAUUAGUUUACCAACGCCAGAAUAUCUUUUAAAAUUGGUUAACAAGGAUGAUAUCGAUGAUGUGUGUUUACUGGUGGAGGACCUUUACAAACUUCAGCUGGUUCUUCCAGAAGCUGUAAUAGAAGAUAAUACCACUGCUAAAUUCAAUAAGAAGUCAACAACAUUGAACAUCAAAAUACCAACUAAAUCACAAGCCAGUUUGUAGUAUCUACAGUACUUAUCUGCUGAUUUGUGGUGGUGCGAUGAGGACACUUUUACCAUGAACAGGCAUGGUAUUUGAAAAUAAUGAUUGCUCGGUUGGAAAUUUGUUUUGACUAUAUAGGCUACAGAAGUACUGUAAAAUGUUACCAGUACCUAAAAUCUAUGACGUAUUGAAUUAAUUUUUGGAAAGUGCUUUUUUCAAAUAUAAUACAGUACUGUACAAGUAUUCAGGAUCCUUUAUAUAUACAGUUCAAUUUGCCUAAGUCGAAUCCAAAAUGGCAUUGAAAAAUUAUUUGAUAAAAUUUGGCAGAUCAUUAAUUAAUUGAAAACACAACAAUUUGGCAUGAAAAAUAAGAUCGACUUGGGCAACAUCAACUUAGGUAAGUUUAACUGUAUUAUAGAGAAUAUAUUGUAUAUUUUUUUUUACAAAAGCAAACCAUAGACAAUUAAGGCAGUCAGGCUUGGGCAACUUUUUUGGCUUUCCCAUUGCAACAAAUAGCCAUUAUGCGUACAAAGUUUAUAGGGCAUUAAAAGAAAACAGGUUAAUGUCCACAGAAAAACAAAUUGAUUAAUAAUCCAAAUACACAUCCAAAUUUUGAAAAAAUCUUUUAUUCUACACUUUAGAUAAAUUAUGGAAAGUUAUCAACACAUAAAUUGAUUAGAAACUCUUUUAUUAUGAAAGAAGGUCAACGACCUUUUAUACAGAACAAAAAUAUAUACAUGUACAUUUUACAUACAUCUUCAAAUGAUGAAUAUACUACAAACAACUGUCUGUUGAUUCAUUCUCCUCAUAGUUCAUUCUCCUCGCAGUAAUAAAUAAAUGCUGUUUUUUUUUCAACUGAUUUACGAUUUUGAGUCUAGAAUCAUUUAGGCUACAUUAUAAGUCAUUUCAAAUCAUAAAAAAUAUUAAAAUGACUAAGAUUCUAAUAUUAUUAUCGAGACAAUGAUUUCAUUUAUCAGAGGAAGAAGUGCAAUAAUAUGAAAGACUCACUAAGCAUUAUAUUAUUGAUGCUAAGGAGUCUUGACCUUAAAUAUUUCAUUAAUGAUACUAAAGAGUCUUUUUUUAUGAGUUUCAAGCAACUGUGAUGAGUUUACAACUUGCUGAUAAAGAACAGAUAAUUGGAGGCAUUGACUAACCAGCAAAAUGAUAUUGGUUUCCAUGUAACUAAUCCUUCGAAGUAACAUCAGAUUACAAAAUCAGUGAUAGUAGUCAAGACAUAUUAAUUUGUACCAUAUGAUUGGUGAAUAUUGCUACCAGGUGAUAAAAUAAUAUCCAUUCCCUUCUCUCAUGAAUAUGCAAAUGAGAUUGAAGUCUUGUGUACAUGGCAUACUGUACAAAUAAAUUAAUAGUGAUAAA